AAAGGUUUACAUAUAUUUGCAGUCUUAAAUGUGCAUUCAUCGUUUUCUAUUCACUGCCAUCUCUAACUUCCCAGCCGGCUUUAGUACUCGAUACCAGGCGCUUAUCAUUUCUUGUCACAGCUGAUUUCCAUUUGAAAACAAACAUUCCGGUCGAAAUGUGGAUUUCUUACGCCCUAGUGGUCCACGUACUGCUUCUGGGCUCGAUUUUCGUGAUUUACUUCCGGUCGCCGGUGAUCACGGGCCUAACUCCGCAGAAGCAACUUUUACAUUACGGCCUGGAGCCAGCAGCGAAUCGUUUAGUGCUAAUCGUGACAGAUGGACUUCGCGCGGACUCCUUCUUCGAGGAGAACUGCCGCUAUGUGCCCCACCUGCGCGAGAUCUUCUUGCGGGAGGGCGUGGUAGGCGUGUCACGCACUCGUGUGCCAACGGAAACUCGACCCGGACACAUAACCCUGAUCGCCGGACUCUACGAGGAUCCAUCUGCCGUGCUGCGCGGCUGGAAAAGUAACCCCAUCGAUUUCGACACGCUCUUCAACCGAAGCUCACAAACCUACGCUUGGGGCGCAAGCGAUGUUAUCAAUGUGUUUUCCCAUGUGUCCAACGGCGGCCUAAUACAUCUCCGGUUUUACGAAGAUCUGGACUUUUCGCCGGGCUACGAUGCCUACGAACAGGACGAGUGGGUGUUCAAGAGGGUGAAGUUCUUGCUCCAACAGAAGAGUGAACAGCUUCAGAGGGCGGAGCAUGUCGUGUUCUUUCUGCACCUCCUUGGACUGGACACCGCUGGACAUGUUCACAAGCCGGGCGCCCCCAAAUUCCGCCAGACCUUGGACAAGACGGAAAAAGGUGUUUACGAAAUAUACCAGGAGUUCGAGCGGAGGUUUCCCGAUAAGCGAACUGCUUAUUUAUUGACCGCUGAUCAUGGAAUGACCGACUCGGGUGCCCACGGUGCUGGUUCGCCCCAUGAAACGGACACCCCAUUUGUGCUGUGGGGUGCCGGUGUAUCGCGGACGGUUCCCAAUCCUGGAGGGCGGACAUUUAUGCCGAACAAUGAAGGUCCUGCAAUGCCAAUGCACGAACUGGAGCAAGCCCAGCUUACACCCCUGAUGGCCGCCUUGUUGGGUCUCGCACCUCCCAUGAACAACUUUGGGAAGUUGCCCGUGGGUUACAUGAAUGUCAGCACGGAAUACGAGGCAAUGGCUGCCCAUGUAAAUGCUCUGCAGCUCCUGGAGCAGUAUGUGGCCUUGCAGAAGCAGCAUAAAAAGGGAUUUUUCGCAGAUAUUUUACUCGAGUUUGAUGUCCUAACCACCGAAGCAAUCAAAGGAUACAAGGAUACAAUCCUACAGCUUCAAAAGAACCGGGAGUACUCACUUUGUAUAGUCAAGAGCCAAGAUAUCAUGACGCAAGCCCUUGAGGGCAUCGAUUACUACCACGGAUACUACCGCAGAGUGCUUCUACUGAGCACCACUUCCACUUUCCUGGGAUGGAUGUUCUACAUCUACCGCCUCCUGUCUAGAAACAGGGCGAGUAAAGUGGAGUUGAUCCUUGAAAGGAGUAACAAAAUAAUCAGAGUAAGCAUAGGAAGUUCUUUGAUCGUCCUCGUUAUUUGUUUGCUGAGCCAACGAACACCGCUGGAUAUAUCAUUUUAUAUGCUGCUUCCAAAUAUCGUUUGGCUUAAGGCAUUGCAACCCUGGACCAUCAACUUCUCUUCAUCCCCAGCUUCAGCGUAUAGUGUGCCGGCCCUGCAGACCUCAAUGGGGCAGCUUAUAUUACUCAUUGCUUGCGCGGAGCUAAUGGUCUUUACCUUCUUCGAGCGCCGCCUGAUCGCGCUGUGCUACUUCGUCUUUGCCUGCUACAAUAGCUGGGGAAACUUUCAAAUGAAAUCCAGGGAUUUCUUCUUCUGGCUGGCAUUGGUCCUGAUGCUGACGUGCUUUCCGCUGCUGCCGCUGUCUGUGGGCUACCAGAAUGGAUACCUGCUUGGAGCUGGAGUUGUAGUAAUUCUUACGAACUCAUUUUGGAAUUCAAAGUCGAGAUUAAGCUACAGCAAGCACACAAAGUUCAGCAAUGUCCUGAUACUGCUGCAAACCAUGUUGUGUGCGUAUCUGCACUCAAACGGCAUUUAUAUUCCAGUUCCACUGAAAUUGGCUAGCUGGUUGUACCUGAUAUACGCCUUCGCAUCCAUAGUGCUGAGCAGAGAGCCAAGAUUGGAUCUGCGUCUCGCUCAGAUUGGCUUUAAUUUGGGAUCUCUGUACGCCACACUAUGUACCUCCUAUGAGGCUGUGUUUGUCCAGUUCCUGACCAUAGAACUGAACUUCUCGUUGAGGGCUCAAAGUGCGCGGGCAGAGAGGUCAGUGCUCCGACUGGCAUUCACCCUGCUCUUGUACACCUUCUUUUCGCUCUUCGGAUCCGGAAACAUAGCGUCGAUCAGCUCCUUUGAUCCGAACAUAGCUCGCUGCUACCUCAGCCACUUUGCCCCCUUUGUGAUCAUGGCUCUGGUGCUACUGAAACUCCUUGUGCCUGUGGUGCUGAUCAUGUCGGUGGUUUAUGCCCAGAGCGAAUUUGUGCGCCAGCACGAGGAGCAGAUCUUUAUAUGCCUGCUGCUCAUUUGCGAUGUAAUGGGCCUGAACUUCCUGUUCCUGGUGCGCAACCAGGGCUCCUGGCUGGACAUUGGUUCCUCCAUAUCCCACUUCGUUAUCAUGGAGGUCACCACGCUGGUAAUCCUGCUGCUCUUCUAUGCCGCAAAGCAGUUGCUGCGAGUGAUUCCUUGGGAGGAAAUAGACUUCAAAAGGUUGCCAUUGCGUUUAAUCCACUGGGAUGUGAUCAGCGCCAAGCAUCACUAGUCAUCUGACCGAUUUGACAAAACUUCUAGCUAAGCUUAAACAUUUAUGUUCGAUAAUAUUUACAACACUAAGAAUUAGUAACAUACACAUGUAAAUUAUAGAAUCUAACGCUAGGAAUGUGUCUGUGUGUAGGUGAGGGUCCGGGUGGAUCGAUUUCAUGGACAACCCAAUCUGAGCUUAGAAAGAAGACGAAUAAUUAUUUGUAAACAUGACAAUUCUUUACUGAUUCUGUACCUUUCUGAAGCAUUUAAAAAUGUAUUAGAAACUUCAGUAUUGUUACUAUUUUAAAGAUAAAUAAAUUAAGAAUUUCAGAACAUUUUUGUUAAAAAAAAAAUUGUAAACUGAUUAUAUU